AUGAAGAUCAAGCCUUCCCCUCUGCUGCGUUAUGAAACUCAUUCAUUCCCCACCCCGAGGAUAAGAGCCUGCUUUACAACUUGCUCCCGUCAGAGGUCACUGGAAGGAUUGAAAGAAUUCAGCUGCCUGGAAGAGUUGAUUUUGGAUAAUAAUCUCCUCGGAAAUGACCUCCGGUUGCCGAGGUUACCAUACCUUCAUACUCUAACUCUCAACAAGAACCAGAUAACUGAAUUAGACAGACUGCUGAAUCACUUGGCGGAAGCCCUGCCUUCUCUGGAAUAUCUCAGCCUUCUGGGAAAUGUGGCCUGCCCAAAUGAGCUUGUGAGCUUGGAAAAUGACGAGGAUGAUUACCAAAGAUACAGGUAUUUUGUUAUACACAAACUGACAAAACUGAAGUUCUUAGAUUCACGAAAAGUGACUGCGAAGGAAAGUCUGGAAGCUAAAGCAAGAGGUGCCUAUAUGAAGGUGGUGAAACCCAGGGAUGGUGUGGUUUCCAGUGGCAGUGAUUCUGCUUGUGACGAAACACCAUACACACCUCUACCUCAGUCGAAAGAGCCUGCCAGUCCCUCUGGGAUUCUUACCAAAUGUCGAUAUGUAUACAUUGGGAAGCAUUCUGAGGGGAACCGAUUUAUUCGGGAUGACCAGCUGUAGGAGCAAGUCAUGUUUUCAUCUCUUAAUCUCUUCUAAGAAAAGAUCAACAAUUUACCUCUACUUUUAUGCAUCCAAGCAUUUCACAUCAUCACAAACAUAUGCCCACAUUUGCACUGUCCCACACAGGUAUGUAUGCACACUGCAACUUCAGGCUUGUAGUGUCGUUUUCUGAUGUCCCUGUCUCAGCCUGAAUAUGUCCAGAGAGACUGACGCGAUUGCCUCAAAACAAAUCCUGUCUGCCGGAGUAACAGACAACUGUAUCCAGGUGCUAGAGAUGACAGCGUGAACACCAUGAUGGAUUGCCUGGUCCAACUACUGCUCAUGAAUGGUCAAAGGUCACAUCUGGAAGUGCAAUGAACAUGGUUGCAUUGACUAUACUAACUUACUGAAUGAUACUCAGAUUGACAUCAAAUAACAUGAUCAGUGUAUUAGAUAAGAAAAACAAGGUAUCCAUUCUGAGUAAGUCUGUGUGAUGAUGAUUUCAGUACUGAUGACAGGUCAAGAAAAAUGCUGGCAAAAGAUGUUAUUUUAGAAACACCACAUUAACUUUAAUUUCUGUUCUGUAGUUUAGUUUCCCUUUUUGAGUUAUACUAUAGGAUGCAUAUUGUUAACUGUAAUUCUUUGGCCAAAAACAUGUUGUCUCAUUAAGGGUAGUUUCAGCGAACCCAAAUAAAAAGAAAGCAGUUCACUGAAACCACUUUCGUCGACAGCGGAAAUUGCCUUUUUCUCCACUGCUGUGUGGCCUUGGAGAUGGUAUAUGUAUAUGUGUGUAUAUAUAUAUAUAUAUAUAUAUAUAUAUA